AUGGCGACUCCGCCGGCGGAAUCCCGCAGCAACAGAGCAGCUGUGCAGGCUACAAACGACGAUGCAUCCGCCAGUAAACUGUCGUGUGUCAAAAAAGGAUAUAUGAAAGACGACUAUGUUCAUCUCUUUGUGAAAAGACCUGUUCGAAGAUCUCCGAUAAUAAACCGAGGCUACUUUUCCCGCUGGGCUGCCUUCCGAAAGCUUAUGUCUCAGUUUCUGGAAAGUGGCAAAAGUUCCCAACCCAAGAAACAGAUUCUGUCACUCGGAGCUGGCUUUGAUACUACGUAUUUUCAGUUGCUGGAUGAAAGUAAAGGGCCCAACCUGUAUGUGGAACUGGAUUUUAAGGAGGUGACAAGUAAGAAGGCUGCUGUUAUACAAAACUCCAGCCAGCUGAGGGACAAACUUGGAACAAAUGCCUCUAUUUCUGUUGAGGAAGGCCAAGUGCUCAGUGAUCAUUACAAGUUACUUCCAGUUGACCUGCGUGAUAUACCAAAACUAAGAGAUGUUAUAUCAUUUGCGGAUAUGGAUCCAAGUCUGCCGACAUUUAUUAUUGCAGAAUGUGUUUUGAUAUAUCUGGACCCAGAUUCAAGCCGUGCCAUUGUCAAUUGGGCCUCAGAAACGUUUUCAACUGCAGUGUUUUUCCUAUAUGAGCAGAUCCAUCCAGAUGAUGCAUUUGGACAUCAAAUGAUUAGAAAUUUGGAGAGUCGGGGUUGCGCACUCUUAAGCAUUGAUGCAUCGCCGACUUUAAUUGCUAAGGAGAGGUUGUUUCUUGACAAUGGAUGGCAGAGAGCUGUUGCCUGGGACAUGCUAAAAGUGUAUGGUAGCUUUGUUGAUACUCAAGACAAACGCAGGAUCGAGAGAUUGGAGUUGUUUGACGAAUUUGAAGAGUGGCACAUGAUGCAGGCAAGUUCGAACAUUACUGUGUCACAUAUGCCGUCAAUGACGCAAUGGUACGGGAUCUUUGGGGAUUUCGGUUUCACUAGAGAAGGAGGCGCUGAAAGCAUCAGCGCGUCAUCGGCAGUGUCACCUUAA